ACUUUUAGAAGAAUAUAUUUGCAAUAUUCAGUAUUUAGCUCUGUGUAGAACACGAUCAUUUUUUUCUUUCUUGUGCAGCUUAUUCAAAAUGUCACGAUUUCUAUAUUUAACCAUCAUUCAAGUGGCUGUGAUUUUAAUGAUCAAAGCUGAUUUCACGCCAAUACCAUUGCCGAAACCAAGUUCAAAAAUUAUAAUAGUCGAUGUGGCUCUAUUUGAUCCAUUUUGGACGGAGGCAGGGCGGCAAAUUAAAUCAAACGAAUGGUUUCAAAGAUGUUUUGGCCCGGUCGAUGGCAUCAAUCUGAAUCAAGAUGAAAAACCAAAAAAGUCUAUGUUUAAGACGUUUAAACGAAUGGUUUCAUUCUUGAAAGGAAAAAGUACUUACAAAUAUGAACUGCUUGAAGUGUCAACCGAUGUGAACCUUCAACUAUCCAGUUUUAUGGAGACAUAUAACAAAGAAGAUCGCUCAACAACAUUCACUGAUUUUGAAUAUGAAAGGCUAAAAUAUAUGUUUCAAGUAUCUGCAUCGGAAUUAAAGGAUUUACGUGAAAAAUUAGAUAAAGAGAAUCAAGAAAACGACGAUAUAAAAAAGUUUAUGAGAGAAGUGUACUAUCAUUGCGAAGACAUACGGAUGAAUUUGAUGGCCAUCAAGUCUGUUUUACUACAACAAAACUUUCGUUUAAUCACCAUGAGGCGUUUGAGUGGCAAAAAUAGAUCCAAUAAACCACCGAAACCAACACCUAAAGCACUCAAUUCAUUUAAAAUGAAAAAGCCACAAUGAAGCAAAUUGGAUGUGCAUCGAACACAAAAGCAUUGUCGCCCACUGCAUAAACACAAUGAAUAAAUUAUCUUUUUUCUCCAAAUAAA